UCGUAGUAGUAGAUUCAUGGGAGUUCCAGUAUACUUGGACGAAGUGGUCUUCGUGUUUACUAUUGCUAGUAGUACGUAGUUGGCGCAAUCAAUGUAAUUUCAUUUCCCAACGAUCGGCGGUGACGCGAGGCGGUCACGAGCGCUACAGACAGACCGCCAUGCGCAGAUGUCACUUCUCAAGCUUCAACAUCUCUCUCGACAGGAUUUUUAUUCUGUAUUGUUGUAUUCUACUUUUCGAUUGCACAGGAUAAUUUGCUUGGUAUUUUACGUCCCUUGUGCAAUUGCCAGUUGUCCUCUUGCCUCCCCGCCGCGCAGACAAAGAAUCAAAGAUUACCCAACGCCGAUAAGCUCGGGACUUUUUCCCUUUCCCUGCGCUCAGUUGACGAUAGGAAAUCGCCACAGUCGUAAUAUCGCCCGGACAAUGCAUCCACGACUCAAUACCAGUAUAGCUAACUAACGCCGUGACUCACCUGUCGUACUAUCGAAACUACGAUCAAACCACAAGUGUGCGCGAUGGUCCCCACGUGGGCAGCAGCGGCAUGGACAUCCCUGACGACAGCGUUGAUCCUCCCUGGGAUCCCGGGCGCUGCAGCCGAGAGUAAGCAAGCGAUAUGCCUAGCAAGGCACUGGAGCGAGGUGGAAGCGGACUUCAUUCAAUGGCCCAUUUGUGUCGAAUCGCGAUGGGAGCGAACCGCCCCCAGGUUCACUCAGGACGCGCCGAGAUCCCCUGACCAGAUCGUUUCGGUGACCAUUUCGGAGGGAGCGCCGAGUACAACUGCGAUUCCAGCCCCUAGUGGACAACCUGACCAUGAACUUGACACCGAAUCUCCCCUUGACAAUUCAAACUUCCUCUCGUUCGAAGACUGGAAAAAGCAAAACUUGGCGAAGGUGGGCCAGUCGGCGGAGAAUGUUCGCGGACACAGACACGCGGGUGGGAAAGACGACCGACGAAGGCCGACGGGGAUCAAUAAUGCAUUGGAUUCAUUGGGAGAAGAUGCUGAGAUUGAGCUUGACUUUGGUGGUUUCGGCGCUGAUGCGUCUGACGCGGCGAAGCCUACGUCUUGGGGAGCAAGUUUGCCCACGGCCGGUAUACCUGGUGCGGGUGCUGUGGCCAGCGCAGAAGAUGCGGAGACCUCUGUGUCUGCCGAUCUGCGGAAGGCUGCCUCGCGUGGGAAGGACGCCGGCACGACUUGCAAAGAACGGUUCAAUUAUGCAUCGUUUGAUUGUGCAGCAACCGUACUGAAGACGAAUCCUGAAUGUAAAGGGUCAUCAUCGGUCUUGGUAGAGAAUAAGGACAGCUAUAUGCUCAAUGAAUGCCGCGCAAAGAACAAAUUCCUCAUCCUCGAAUUAUGCGAUGACAUUCUAGUUGAUACUGUCGUUCUUGCCAAUUACGAGUUCUUCAGUUCUAUCUUCCAUACCUUCCGUGUGAGCGUCGCUGAUCGGUAUCCGGCCAAGAUCGACCAAUGGAGGGAAUUAGGUGUCUACGAAGCGCGUAAUACCCGCGAGAUUCAAGCCUUUGCAGUCGAAAACCCACUCAUCUGGGCUCGAUAUGUGAAAAUUGAGUUCCUAACACACUAUGGGAAUGAGUUCUACUGCCCUCUCAGUUUGGUCAGAAUCCAUGGAACAACCAUGCUGGAGGAAUAUAAACACGACGGUGACACUAAUCGUGCCGAUGAGGAGGCCCCUGUGGAGGCGCUGGAGCCGAGUCCUCUUCCUGUCGAGCCUGACGUGCGAGACAUCGCACAGCCGCCUCCAACCACUGUGGCCGUGUCUGAUGAACCUGCCAUUGAGCCAACAGUUAUCAUCGAGGCGCAGGGAUCUUGUUCCUAUCAGGGUAUAGAGGUUAUCAGACUUCUACAGCAAGGCGUUUCCACACCCGUGGAUACUUGCGAUAUACGCACCGCACCGACUGGAGCCGGGAAUGAUGGGGCUAACCAGUCGACUGAGAGCCGCCCGAAGGCGAACGAAGAAACUACUCCAAGUGCAGAAGCUUCAGUACCUGUCUCUAGGGUUGACCCCUCGGAUAAGGGCUCGGUGGGCGGCCAGAAAGUAACAGGGCCUCCCGGUGCGAGUCCAGAUUCGGCCUCUUCUAUGACACAAGGUACAGACACGGUGCGACAGGAUGCGACGCAUGAGUCCGAGAUUAAGUCGGUCAGUUCCCCUAAGGAGGAGUCCAGCAUAUCCUUGGAAUCGGUGCGGCCUUCCGGGACGCAGCCUCCAUCCUCGAACCCUACCACCCAAGAGUCUUUCUUUAAGUCCGUCAAUAAACGGCUGCAGAUGCUAGAGUCCAACUCGACUCUAUCGUUGUUGUAUAUUGAAGAGCAGUCUCGGAUCCUACGGGAUGCGUUUAGCAAGGUAGAGAAACGCCAGCUGGCCAAAACCUCCACGUUCUUGGAGAACUUGAACGUGACCGUUUUAAACGAGCUGAGGCAGUUCCGCGAACAGUACGAUCAAGUAUGGAAAAGCGUUGCCCUGGAAUUCGAGCACCAGCGAAUCCAGUACCAUCAAGAGAUCCACUCGAUCAGUGCCCAGCUCGGGGUUCUAGCCGAUGAGUUGGUGUUUCAGAAGCGAGUGUCCGUGAUCCAGAGUAUUAUGAUCCUCUUCUGCUUCGCUCUUGUCCUCUUUUCACGUGUUCCGGUGGGCACGUACAUUGAUAUUCCGCGUGUGCAGAAUAUGAUGAAUCGCUCCUAUAGCCUGCGCUCGUCGUCACCGAUAUUUUUCGGCUCUCCUUCGGCAAGCCCAAGUUCGACGCGACCUACGUCGUCGUACCGGCCCACGGGGCGCCAUCGGCGGAAUAUGUCGGAAGACUCACAGGAAGAGCCACUCAGUCCGACUAUUGCAUACUCUCCCCCGACACCUACGUCCGACCCGCCUAGCCCUGACGAAGUGGAUAAAAGGCCGGCACCUUCUCUGGAUACUGUCAGCAUGCCGGACCUGGCGCCGCCCCACUUCCGGUCGCACAGCAGUCCUCCAGUACUCAACCCUGCCGACGAGGAAAGUCCGAGUGUCGAGAGCCCGAUAUCGUAUGAAUCACGGGGGUCAUCUGACUAUGAUUCUCCAGGUUCUACGGAGAGCAGCGAGCCGAUUUUGGCGAGCAACACCAUACAACAAGAAGGAUGAAUAUGCACUGAGUACACACGACCAGCCGCCUUGACUAUCCUUAUUGAUGACAUCCUACGUGACCCUACGUGUAUCCGAGUCGCGUCAUUUGUGGCAGUCAUUGUUUACUGGCCCAUGUCAUUGACGUCACCCAGGAGGCAUUGAUUUCAUCCUUGAGUGCCCAUUUAUUCCUUGGCGGAACAGCUGGCCUGCCGCCGAUGUGACGGUUGUCCGGGAGAUAUGGAAGCCCUCUUCCUCGAGGAAUUUGCCUCUUGAAGUAUGAUUGUUUAUCGGUAUGGGUAAUGGUCGCUUGGAAUGAUGGGCACUUGUAACAAUGGUGCAGAGAACUAAUAUGGUUGUAUUAUAGGACCACAAAGGUGUGUAUGUUUAUUCUGCGGUGGAAGGUGGAAGGUGGAACUGUAACGAGUGAAAAACUUCUGUAAUUAGAGGAACAUACUUAAUGAUCCUAAUGACUGAACGAAGAAAUGAACGGAGAUAUGCAUGCUAUGAAUGUGUAGAAGGUGAGAUGAAGAUGAUGUAAAAUUCGGGCGGU